AUGACCGGUCUCGAGGCAAUAUUGAGACUGGAGGGCUUCUUAGAUGUCAAAAAGAUAACAGUCACAACCCUUGGUCUCUGCACGGUGUACCGAUCAAAAAUUCUAUGUGAUGACAUUGAGAAGAAGAUUGAUAGCUCUGAGGCUAGUAAGGAUUUUUACCCCGUUUUAGUGGACCUUUCCGAGGAGUCGAGCUUGCGUCGCGGUUUGAAAGCGAGACAGAUUUCCAUGAUAACGCCGCACGUCAGGAGGCUCGCUAGCACAGGUCUCAUCAUCGGUUUAAGUACCGCUCUCGUCAGAGGAGGUCCACUGGGUCUCUGGUUUGGGUACUCCUCCAUGGACUUAGUCUGUUACUUCGUCAAGAAAAUGGGUGCGUUUCUCCCUAAUAAGAAGGGUCUUACAGGAUAUGCGACUCGUUAUGUCAAUGCUGCUUUCGGCUUCGUCCUUGGAUGGAAUCAUGUGUUCAAGUUCUUCACUCAAACUACGAAGAAUGUCGAAGUGGUGGUCUUCCUCAUCAACUCGUUGGGCAUUUGCGUCUUUGGCGAAUUCGAAUUCUGGUCCUGCAGCAUCGAAGUCGUCGCUUUAGUUGGUCUCAUCUUGAUUGGACUCAUUAUCGACCCCCAACACGAUCAGCACCCUACGGACCCCUCCGUGAAUAUCUUCUUGGGUGAAGUACAUGACUCUCGCGUCGCACAUUCCCCUGGAUUCUGGAGCAACCUUACCACAGCUUUGUUUUCGUACAUCAAUACAGAGUUGAUUGGCGUGACCAUGGGCGAAACUGAAAAUCCGAGGGGAAAUGCACCAAGGGCUUUUCGUAGAGUAUUUUGUAGCUUGACGGUACCGAGUAAUAUUAGUGCACUUUUUGUGGCUAGUAAAUCUCCGGUUGGUGCUGCGGCAUCGCUAUUCGUCAUAGCGACAACCAUUGUCAGCAUCAAAGUCCCGAACCAUAUCAUCAACGCCGUGGUGUUAGUCUUUGUACUUGGUUUGUCAAACUCAGACCUCUAUAUCGGCUCCAGGACGCUCCACGGCCUCGCUGUGGAACGCAAGGCACCUCGCAUAUUCGCCAAGGUCAACCACACUGGGGUUCCUUGCCAGUGGCCCUUGCUUAUUCCGAACACUUCGGUCUGCUUCUUGACAUUCCUUAAUGCAACCUCGUUGAAUUCCUUAUUGUUCGGUAGCAUAACGGCGUUCGGCUGGUUCGCAAGCUUUAUUGCAAACUUUGGCACUAUUACGUGGAUGUGUAUAUCUUAUACCCACAUCACUUUCAUGCGCGCGUCGAAAGCUCAAGAAAUAGAUCAAGCACUCCCUUACAAGGGACCGUUCCAUACGCUGGUUUGCCUUGAUUAUCACAGACUCGUCGUACUCUUUUUCAACGAAUCUGCUCAAACGGGUUUCAACGCUUUUCUGCCUUUUGUAUCGUCAUCAUUUAUCACCUGUAGCGAAGCCACCGGCAAACGUGAAAUUGAUGAAGAACGAAUCCUUGCUCGGGCAAGCUCAAAGGUUCACAUUCUAGAGAGAAUUUGGGAUGCACUCUGA